AUGAGCAGCGCAAGAAGCAAGUCGAAAACAGCACUAUCAAGUGCCCCGAAAGUGCUACGACAACGUAUGCGAAUGCUUUUGCCCGCCGGGAAGGCUGCUCCGGGUCCGCCGGUCGGCCCGCGACUCGGACAGGCUGGUGUCAACAUCGCGCAGUUCUGCAAAGAGUUCAACCAGGCAACAGCAAACCUGGAAGACGGCGUACCAAUACCUACUUUGAUUGCGGCUUAUACGGAUCGAAGUUUCAGCUUUGAAACUCGACAGCCACCAGUCUCUUUCUUUCUCCGACGCCUGGCGGGCGUCGAAAAGGGCAGCUCACAACCGGGGCGCUCUUUCGUUGGUCAACCUGUACCACUUACCGCUGUUUACGAGUUGGCUCGAAUAAAGCAAAAGGACGAUAACCUGCGCACCGUGAGUCUUCAGGCGCUAUGCAAAAGUAUUAUUGGCACGGCGCGGAGUAUGGGCGUGCGCAUCGUGGACGAUCGCGUCCUAGAGCAGCCAGCGAACAAUAAAGAGUCGAGUCCUGGGAAAGAUGUCGUGAGCGAGUAA